AUGGGCACGAACGAUCAGCCAGGUGUCGACAGCCCCAAGACGCCAUUAGCCAAGACAGCGAGACAGACAGGAUGGCGGCAGCUCAACGUCGAUCUAAGGCCUUUCGACGAAGUGUGCAACGAACACCAGUAUCUGCUGGCCAGCCUUCAGCGACAGGAUGCGCGGAUCCAAGCACUUCUGGGAACGUUGUGCAGCGUACAGACGCAGCAGCAAGUGCAGCAGAGUGCAGGCGAAGCUCGGAAGCUGCGCAAAGAAGUCGGGUUCGUGCAGAGCAAGAUUGCGGAUGCGGAGCAACAGGAACGCCUGAUCAACGGACGCCUGGUCGAGGUACGGUCGGAGAUGCAGCGACGCAAUCGACUUGUCCAUCUUCAGUACCUGCAGCAGCAGCAGCAGCAGCAGCAGCAGCAAAUGGCCCAGGAGCAGGCACAGAUCAACGCCGAUGCUCUUUCACCGCUGUCGGGCAGCGCAAUCAGUCCCUUGGCACCGAUUUUUCGGCCGCGUAAGAUGUUGGAUACGGAAAGCUCUGGACUUUCGGCGGAUAGGGCAAGACUCUCGGUUGGGUCUGAAUCGACGUUGGAUGACGGCAAGGUGGACGAGGAAGCGUGUCAAUCGGCAGAAGAGCAAGAUGCGCACAAACAGGUCAGGGUCAGGAGAGGGUCUUGGAGCAUGGCUACGGACUCUUCGCAGACUAAGCAGAAGCGUAUGAGCCUGCCGCCACGGCGGUCGGUCUGGCCAGACGACAACGUAUGA